GCCUGCAGUCUGAGUGAUUACAGCUGUGAAUUCCUGGCUUUAGCUCUACAAUCAAUGAACUCAGUCCUAAAACAGUUGGAUCUCAGUUACAACAACCUGACAGACAGUGGAGUCCAGAACAUCUUUCAGAAACUCAAACAUCGGAAUUGUGUUCUGGAGAUUCUUAGAUUAAAUGGCUGUGAUAUUACUGGGGAGUCCUGUAGAACGUUGGGUUCAGUCCUCUCAAGAUCACGUCUGAAAAAACUUCAACUUGGUCCCAGCAGAAUUGGAGAUGAUGGACUGAAGCUUCUCAGUGCUGCACUGCGAACAAAUUCCACGCUGCAUUUAUUGGGACUGACUCACUGCAAUCUAACUGGAGCUAGCUGUACAGCUCUCGCAUCAGCUCUCAGCUCAGAUUCUUCAGCACUUAGAGUUUUGGACCUGAGCAACAAUGACCUGGAAGAUUCAGGAGUGAAGCUGCUCUCUGCUGGACUGAAGAGCCCACACUGUAAAUUAGAGAUUCUAAGAUUAUCUGGUUGCAUGAUCACAGAGGAAGGCUGUUCAUCUCUGGCUUCAGUUCUGAAAUCAAACACCUCCAACCUGAGAGAGCUGGAUCUGAGCUACAAUCAUCCAGGAGAGUCUGGAGAGGAGCUGCUCUCUAAACUACUGGAAGAUCCACACUGCAAAUUGAACUCAGUAAAUCUGGACAAUGGUGGUGAGCAAAGAAUGAAACCAGGACUCAGAAAGUAUGCUUGUGAUCUUGGAAACUUCACAUUGGCCAAUGAAUGGGAAAUUGAAGAAUGGAAAAGAUUUAUGGAUGGCAAGGGCUUCAUGGGCUUAUCCAAGAGUCGGUUCUACUGGCAGGUUGAAUGGACUGGUGUUGUUCGGAUCGGUGUGAAAUACAAGGAAGCCUGGAAAAAUGACUGGUGUUUGCAUUGCAGUCGUGAUGCAUAUAGUCCUGGUCUGCUGAUCUAUGCAGAAUACAAUGAACAAAUCAAGCAACUUGGAGUGUAUCUGGACUGGCAACAGGCAUGCUGACAUUCUAUGAGGUUUCCUCUGAGAAAAUGACAUGCGUGCACAGAGUCCACCACAAGUUCGAGGAACCUCUCUAUCCAUGUUUUAUUGUAAGUAGUGAAACAAGCUCAGUUAAAAUCCAGGUUUUGUAGUGAUUAAAAACGUAUGCACUAAGAAAUCAUGAUAAUGCCAUCAAGAAAAUGGUCACCAACUCUAUCCACUGUUCGAGUCUCAGUUACAGUCAGUGAACCGGGCUGUAUCACUGAGACGGGGCUGCUGGUUUAACCCCUAAAUUACUAUAGAUAUGCACUUGGAUGUAACAUUUACAGUUUGAGUGUUCUUGUGCUCUGAGUUUAUUAAUUAGCGCACAGUAACUGACCCAAAACACUACCAGCCCAAUUCUCCUGACUUUCCUCAUCACCCACCCUGGCACUGAUUAAGACCAUGGAUGUAGGUGUUUUUUUAGACUCAUCAUCCACAUUAAAUGCUCAGUGUUGUCACUUUCUGUGGUUUCUGUUCUCUCAUCUGUUUAUUUUCUUCCUUUUCCUGAGAGCUCACUGCUGGUGCCUGUAAGCUGUGAAAGUAGCCAAUCACAGGUUCUCUCUGCUCCCCCCUCCCCCCUCCUCUGCUUCACAUCCAGUAGGGAGCCAAUUCGCGCCUAGGCCCUAAUACAAUUGCCUGAUUUUAAAAAUUCAUAGAUAAGUAGAUAGAGAGAUAAAAUACAUAAAUAGAUUGUUAAAACUAAAGUAACAAGCCUGUUUUGAAAAUGUAGUAAGUAAAAAUUACAGAUUCGUCUUUGGAAAUCUAGUGAAUAAAAAUAAGUAUUAAGUGACAGAUAUACUCCAGUACAUGAUACCUAAAAACACUUAAGUACAGUAAGUACUUGUACUUUGUUACUUACCAUCUCUGUGUUUUUCAUCUGACCAUGUAGCCCCAUAUGAAAAAAAUGAUGCAAAUUUAUUUAUCAAAUAUAUUCUUGCAAUGUGUGUA